AGUCUGGGUGUUGAGUUCCGGGACCGGAGUUCCUGGGCCUUUUGGCUUCUGCAGUCUGUACCUUUUUAAGCAGUGGAAGUGCCUGGGUGGAUUCUCCAAUGCUUUGUUGUUUUCUUGUUACAAUUAUUUAUUUUACUUCCCGUGAUGUUUCAGCCUCAUCCCUUCACCAUUUGUUGUUGUUGUUGUUGUUUUUGAGACGGAGUCUCGCACUGUUGUCCAGGCUGGAGUGCAGUGGCGUGAUCUCGGCCCACCGCAACCUCCGUCUCCCGGGUUAAAGCGAUUGUCGUGCCUCAGCCUCCCGACUGCCUUCACUGUUUUUUGAAACUUUGUGUUUUGCUUUCUAAUUGGAGUAACUGGCCUUGGAACCUGUAGUCAGUCAUUUGCCUCAGGUUUACCUGCCAGUCCCACCAGUCUAAAGCAAGGGAAUUGGGACCCCCUUGUCUUGAAUGGGCCUAAGAGGAGCCAUCAGUUCUCCUUUUCCCUUCUUGGUGGACAGUCGUUUAAAACUUGGAGUAUGGACUGUAUGUUCUUAGAUGUUUUCGUUCGGUGGACAAAGUGAUCUGGAGCAUUUCAACUGCAAGUCUGCCUUCUUCCUUGGCUGACUCUGGUAUUUUCAUUAUGACUUCAUGUGUCUUUGUCUACUUUGCUUUUAUACAUUUAUUUAUUUAAAGUGCAACGCAGGGGCAGAAAAGUUUAGUACCUUUCCUCACCACCCAUUGUAAGGAUCACAGCCACCACUCCUUAAAACAGAAGAUAGGUUAACAAGGUAAAAGCAGAGCAAAUCUAAUCAAAGUUUUACACCACCAGGCACUUCAGAGACCAGGGAGAUCUCUGUUUUUAGGCGUAGGACCCAUGAAGAAUAGACAACUGUGUAAAAAUGUGAUUGGACAAAGGAUAUACUCUAAUGUUAAUAAACUGAGGAAGGAAACCCAGCAAGGUCUGUUUGUUCAGAUUCUUCUUGGCCUCUCUGUGUAUCAUUUCUUCCUCCUACGGAGGAGGAAGGACCCUUCUGGAAUGAGGGUCUUAGCGACCUACUAUCAGGCAAGGUAGGUUAGAGAAUUUCUUUAUGGCCAGUUCCUACAGAGAAUGGCAGGGAAGCUUAAUAGUUCCAGUUUUUAUGGUUUGCUUUGUAGGAGAGGGAUCCUAGUUUCUAUCACUCACCUUGGGGAAGAAUUCUGGUUUCUGUAACUCACUUCUGGGACGAAAGAUGGGCAGGAGACAGAAGGGCAAGAGAUCAGAGGGAGAGGCUGCUUCCGAGGCUGCUUCUGAGGCCUUCCAGUCUCUUUUAGUUCAAAGUAUUCAGCAUGCCAAAGUGUCAUACUUCGGGGUAGUAUUUUCUGAGCCCCAACACAACCCUCAGAGAGUGGGAUCUAUUUGCCCAGAGUAUUCUUCUGUUGUUAUGGUUGAAACUGCCUGGUAAGGUGGCAGAUGUAUGGUAUUUAAAACUUAGGAGUUGACUGGAAAAAUGGCAGAAUCACAUUUCAGCAAGUUGUUGGACUAAAUACAGUCGUGCGCCUCUUAACAAUGGGGAUAUGUUCUGAGAAGUUCGUUGCUGGGUGAUUUUUUUCAAUGUGCCAACAUCAUAGAGUGUACUUUCAUAAGCCUGCUACACACCUAAGGCUAUAUGGAAUAGCCUAUUGCUCUUAACCUAGAAAUCUGUACAGCAUAGUAUUGUACUGAAUACUGUAGGCAUUUGUAACACAAUGGAAAGUAUUUAUGUAUCUAAACAUAGAAAAGAUACAGUAAAAUAAAGUAUUACAAUCUUUGGGACCACUGUUGUAUAUGCGAUCCAUGGUUGACUGAAACCUUUUAUGCAAUGCAUAAUUGUAUAUGAAACAUCAGAAACUACUCCUAUGCUGAGAUAACUGCGUAAAUUUACUUUAAUAACCCCUAAUGUCCAUAUUUGCAAUAAUUUCCUAUAAUCAGUAUUCUUCCCCUCUCAUUUCUGGAAUAUAUUUCCAGAUAAGUUAGAAAGUUUAUCAGUACAUCUCCCUAUGUUUUUAAGUGAAGUUUUUAUCCAGUAGAAACUAGUCUGUUGGUCUGGAUUUGGUAGUUGCACAUUAUGGUUCCUUCUUGUGCAUCAUAUAACAAUAGUCAUCAUCUUAGUAUUUUCGAUUCAUACGUAUAAUACUCUCUUCAAGCUGCAUUAGAGGAAAGUAAUUACUUGUAUUUGAUUUUAGCAAAAAUAAUUUAGAAUAAUGAGAAUGUGCUCUCUGCUUAUAUAUUCAGUUUCACUAUCUGUCAUCAACAACCUUCAUUUUGUAUUUAUAUCUUUAUGUAGCUAUUAUUCCAUUUUUGUUAUCAGUCCUUCUUAAUUUUUCCAUAACAAACCCUUUAGCCACCCAAGUCAUAUGUCUUACUCAAGGUUUUAAAUCUUUCACUAUAUUGUAAGAUCCACAAGGACAGGGGGUUUUCUCUGUUAUUUUUCCUAUAGUAUCUUCAACUAGAGAACAGAACCUGACACAUAGUAGGCACUCAAUAAAUAUUUGUUGAAUUCAUGGUGGUGGUUGUACCAGCAAGGACUAAAGAUAAUUCUUUGCUCCUACUAUGAAUUUUCCCUCCUGCUUCACACAUACAUCAGAAUUUGCUGUUGGAUUAUUUGUGUGUUUGUGAGAAUUAUAAAGGCAUUAAUGAAUGUCUUCUAUACUUGAUUUGUUAUAUCAUUAUCUCAUUUCUUUGUAAGCAAUGGGUUUUCUUUGAAAUCACCUGUGUGAUUUUGCUAAUUUCAGCAGAGCAGGCUGACUUUUGUUAAAAGUGGGGAAUCCUCCACAGAUCAUCUCACAUUCUUCUUUUGCCACCCAAAUAAGACAUAUUUGUCUUAUUGCUACUGUAUUUUAUUAUUACUAAUAGUUUUUCUUCCUAUAAGCAUAUGAAUGAUCAGUAAGCGCAAUUUGGUUUUAAAAAUCAACAUUCUACGUGUGGGUUUCUCUAGUAAUUUGUUAGUUUAUUUUAGUUUCGCUUUCCUGGUUUCACUUACCACAAUUUCACUUACCGGAAGUCAGCUGCGGUCUGAAAAUAUGAAAUGGAAAAUUCCAGAAAUGAACAAUUAAUAACUUUUAAGUUGCAUACUGUACUGUGUAGUGUGAUAAAAUCUCAUGCCAUUGUGCUCCAUCCUGCCUGGGGCCACGAAUCAUCCCUUUGUCCAGCAUAUCCACACUGCAUAUACUCUACCUGCCUGCUGGUCAUAUAAUAACAUGUAAUGUCACUCACUUAUUUAUUGAGCACCUAUUAUAAGCUAGUUAGUGCGAAGUCCCAGGGUUUACAGUGGUGAACAGAACAGACUAGGCUCCAGCCUUUAUGGGUUUGCAUUCUGGUGCAGGCAGGCAGAUAUUAAACAAAUAAUUAUGCAAAUACAUUUAAUUUAAAUUGUGAUAAAAAGAUAUGAAAGAAAAAGAGUACUAUGACAGUGUAGGGGGAGCUAAUACUAGACUGGGCAAUCAGGAAAGGCCACCCUGUGAAAGUAACUUUUAUAGAGAUCUGAAGGAAUGAGCAAGCGUUAGCCAGGUAAAGGUUGGCUGGAAGGUGGGGAGAGCUGUUCAGACAGCAGAGAUAGUGUGAGCAAAGAUCCUGAGACAGAAAGGAGCUUGGUGCUUGAGAAAAAGAGAGAAGCCUAUGUGGCUGGGACACAGUGCACCAGAAGACAAGCCUAGGAGGUAGGAACCAGGCCAUGCAUGGAUUUGUGGCACAUGUUUAGGAUUUUGAACUUUAUCCUUAGAGGAGUGGUAACACAUUGAAGGAAGUGUCAUGAACAUAUUUAUGUUUUUAAAAAGAUUUCUCUGGCUGCUGUGUGGAAAAUGAGUUUAUGUAUUAGAAAAUAUGGUAGACAUAAUAAUGGCCUCCUAAAGAUAUCCACAUUUUAAUACCCAGAAUCUGUAAAUAUGUUGUUACAUGGCAAAAGGGAGGUAAUUAGCUAAUCGGCUGACCUUAAGAUAAAGAGAUUACCUUGGAUUAUCCAGGGGGUAAUCGCAAGGGUCCUUAAAAGUAGAACAUGGGGACAAAAGACAUGGAGUGACUAUGGAAGAAUGGUCAAAGAGAUACAACAUGGCUGACUUUGGAGAUGAAGGAAGGAGGUCACAAGCCAAGUGUAUUUGCAUGCCUGAGUCUUUGAGCCGUGCUAUGCCAGUUUGUCCAGAUUGUUUAUACUAGCAAUGCAGUUUACGGCGAAGACCUGCCUUCCCUCUGGGAAUCUGGAGCUUCAGUAACAGGAGAUGUUUCACAAAGCAGAAAAAUUAUUUUCUAAAACAACAAACAAUGAAGUGGAUGACAUGGACACGUCAGAUACCCAGUGGGGCUGGUUUUACUUGGCAGAAUGUGGGAAGUGGCACAUGUUUCAGCCGGAUACCAACAGUCAGUGUUCAGUUAGCAGUGAAGAUAUCGAAAAAAGCUUCAAAACAAACCCUUGUGGCUCCAUUUCUUUUACUACUUCCAAAUUCAGCUACAAGAUAGACUUUGCAGAAAUGAAGCAAAGGAAUCUCACCACUGGAAAGCAGCGCUUAAUAAAAAGAGCCCCCUUUUCUAUCAGUGCUUUCAGUUACAUCUGUGAAAACGAGGCCAUCCCUAUGCCACCACACUGGGAGAAUGUGAAUACUCAAGUACCAUAUCAGCUUAUUCCUCUGCACAAUCAAACACAUGAAUAUAAUGAAGUUGCUAAUCUCUUUGGGAAGACGAUGGAUCGCAACCGAAUUAAAAGAAUUCAGAGAAUUCAAAACCUAGAUUUGUGGGAGUUCUUUUGCAGGAAAAAGGCUCAGCUCAAGAAAAAAAGAGGUGUGCCUCAGAUUAAUGAACAAAUGCUGUUUCAUGGUACCAGCAGUGAAUUUGUGGAAGCAAUCUGCAUUCAUAACUUUGAUUGGAGAAUAAAUGGUAUACAUGGUGCUGUCUUUGGAAAAGGAACCUAUUUUGCUAGAGAUGCUGCUUAUUCCAGUCGUUUCUGCAAAGAUGACAUAAAGCAUGGGAACACAUUCCAAAUUCAUGGUGUCAGCUUGCAACAGCGGCAUCUGUUUAGAACAUAUAAAUCUAUGUUUCUUGCUCGAGUGCUAAUUGGAGAUUACAUAAACGGAGACUCCAAAUACAUGCGACCUCCUUCCAAAGACGGGAGCUAUGUGAAUUUAUAUGACAGCUGUGUGGAUGAUACCUGGAACCCAAAGAUCUUUGUGGUUUUUGAUGCCAACCAAAUCUAUCCUGAGUACUUGAUAGACUUUCAUUGAUUUCACUUCCAAAUCUCGGUGGUCAAGGAAGCUUUAUCCUUUUUUGCAGGAAGGUUUGCUCUUCAGUCAUCUAGCCACUAAAUGUUAAUUAUCUGAUACUUUUGAAACAGAUAUGAAAAAAAGUGGCCUCCAUAUAAAAAGACAUACUGACUUCAAGGUUGGUUUUUGUUGUUUUGUUUUUGCCUGUUUCUUGUAGUCUUGUUUGUUAAAAGUUGAUAUCAUUGAUGUUUUAACACAUAGGGGUGAAAGAUACCAUUCAAAAUGGAAUCAGCUGAGUCUCAACUAAUGUGGUCAUUGAGAUCUUUAAAGUUUACGUGUGUGUUAUCAGGAUAAAUUAUUUUAGUUUAAAUAGACUUAUUCGUAUAAAUGUUGAAAAAAAAUACAGACAUAAAUGUGUCCCUUUAGAGGAAUUGAUCCUUUGUAAAUUGAAUUCAGGUAGUAGUAUCAUCCACCAAUCCAUCUGUUGCUUUGUUGGUCUUCUGAAGGGGGGAUUUAAAACUCUGAAACAGUCUGAGCACCUUGAGAGAAAUCAGAAACAAGACAAUUAUUUGCAGUGCUGUCAAACAAGCCAGAAGGAGAAAAUCAAGGUAGAAUGCCCCACUUUCCAGUUGCCUUAGGAUAGCAGGCUGCAGCCUCAGACUUGAUCCUGUCAUUCUCCUCUGUCUCCUACAUUUGAAUUGAUAAUUGCUGCAAAAUGUCAUUAGCCUACACUUCAUCCAUCAGGGCUCUUGGAUUCUUACACCACGACUUGCUGUGCAAGGUGUUUAUUGCAUCUUCAAAGUGAAACUUUAAAUUAUUAUUCAAACAUUUAUUUUCCUUUUGUUUUAAAAAGAGUCCCUACAAUGAUCACUUCUAAGAUUUUUUCUUACCUUCCCCUCUGCAGCACACACAGCUAUUCAACAAUGAUUUCUAAAAUUCAUAUUUCAAAUUUGUAUCUCUCCAUUUUGAAACAUUAUAGAAAGCAUGGGAUGCUUGAGACAAAUCUGGUUUCUCCUUUGAAGUAGCUAUUGACAACCUACUCUCUUGAAAAGUUAGAUGUAAUUCUUAAUCAUGUUUAGUGGAAAUUUGUUUACCUGUUCCAUCUGUUUUGCUGUUUCAUUGUAAGGAAGAUGAGAAGUGUUGGAACAGCUUCCCUCCCCUAAAGGUAUUCUAGCAGAGGCGAGACAGCAACUUGGCAGGCAUGUUGCAUAGGAGUUAAGUACCAGAUGGGGAAUUGCCCAUGUGAUGGUGAAGAGUCUCUCACAUUGAUUUUCUUCCUUUUCUCCUCUUCUCUCCUCCUUCUCUUCUCUCCUCUUUCUCUUCUCUUCUCUUCUUUCUCUUCUCUUCUGUCUUCCUCUUCCUCUUCUCUUCCUCUCCUCUUCCUCUUCCUCUUUCUCUCUCUUCCUUUUUCUCUUCCUCUUUCUCUUCUCUUCUCUCUCCCUCCCUUCCUUCCUUCCUUCCUUCCUUCCUUCCUUCCUUCCUUCCUUCCUUCCUUCCUUCUUUCCCUCCCUCCCUCCCUCCCUCCUCCCUUUUUCUUUUUCUUUCUUUUUUUUUUGUUUGGCAGAGUCUUGCUCUGUUGCCCAGGCUGCAGUGCAGUGGUGUGAUCUCGGCCUUCCUGCAACCUCCACCUCCCGGGUUCAAGCAAUUCUCUUGCCUCAGCUUCUCCAGUUACUGGGACUACAGGUGCAUACCACCAUGCACGGCUAAUUUUUGUAUUUUUAGUAGAGACGGGGUUUUGUUAUGUUGGCCAGGCUGAUCUCAAACUCCUGACCUCAGGUGAUCCGCCUGCCUCAGUCUUCCAAAGUGCUGAGAUUACAGGCAAGAGCCACUGUACCCGGCCUGAUUUUAUAUGAUUCUGCCUUUAAAAGACAGCACGUAUACCAAGCCUUUUUCAGAAAGCUUUUCUCUUAACUCCUUCUAAUGCUGAAUUUUCUCUCUAUUAUCCUCACCCAAUUUUGGCUGAGAGUUAGUGUACACAAUUUAACUUCUUAGAAAAAUUCCAGUGUCUAUGCUUAUAUUGCUCACUUGAAUCAUUUGAAUUAGAAAGGGAUCUACAAAUAAUAAAAGCAAAGAGUGCAGACAGAUUAGGGAUAGUAAUUCUUAAAGUGCCAUCUAUCCCAGAUUUCCGUUAUAGACCAGCAUAUGUGUAAUUGUGCAGUGGGAGGUAAGUAGUACCCAGGACAUUGCAUGUACAAUACUUUGAAACAAAGUGGCAACAAAGAUUUCCUGGCUCAGGUAUGCACCCCAACUGCUGGUUUAGAUGAAGUGCUGAGAAUAUUUAGAAAAAGCGCUUUAAAAAGCAUCUAGAGAUUAUCAUGAAAAUAAUUGGAGACAAAGUCACUAGGCUGCCUUGUGAGAGGCAGCAUACCAUGGCUCUAAACCCGUUCACAAAAAACAAUGUUAGAGACAUUAGGAAUUCAGGUUUUGAAAAGCUUUUUUUCUAUUUAUUUGUAAUUUACAUACCAAAAAACCACAUUAAAAUAGUCCUCCCUUCAACAUGGCUAUCUUUUUUCAAGUUUUAUAUGCAUAGCUCUCCCAGCACUUGAAUGGAAAAACUGUUACAGCAUUUGGGAGUUAUUUUUCUUUUAGACAUUUGCAGAUCUUAUCUCAAGGUGACUAGGAGCCCAGAGCUAAGUAUUUGUGAGGCAAUGUCUGCGAACGCUGAGCUUACCUAGUUGGUUUCUAUGAAAUAUGUAGAGUGCACUGCAGUAGCCAUUGUAAGAAGGUACUGUACCGGUUUUUUGGGGCCUGUUGUUAUUGUUUGGUCUGAGAAUGUACUGCCAACCCCUCUUUUAUAAGAGAGAACUGAUUUUGAUACAUAUUUUAAAAUAUGAUAGUAUAGAGUUAAUGGAUGUUAAAAUUUUAUUUCUUUGUUUUGGUAAGUAGAUUAAAUAAAGAAUCAUAUGAUCAGUACAUUUGAGAAUUAUAUAACCAGUAUAUAAUAAUACUGGACACAACCAUUUGCCAUCUUUUCCUGUUAUCAUCCCAUAGAGUGGGUGGGGAGAAUGAAUAGAAAUAAACCUAGAAUAAUGAUAAAUGGUUUUUAAAACUCUAUAUUGAAUACAUUCCAGCUGAUAAUGACUUUUCUUUUUCACUUUGGUGAUAUCAGCCUCAGGGUAAAAAAAAUGUGUUUAUAAAAAAAGUUUCAUAAAUCUUUUAGUUAUAAACAGGAAAGUUUUAUAUUAGUGUGUCAUUUCAUUUCUAGACUGUUGAUGGUGAUGAUGAUAAAGAAUUUGGAGCCAAUUUUGAUAUAUGAAUGUAUUGCUUUUACAUGUGAUGAUUAAAGCUCUCCAUUAGCAGUU